GAGAAACGUUGCGUUUUGUUCACAGUGACGAUCCCUGCGGUUCAGCCAGCAAGAAACCCGGGUGUGACGCGGAGGAUCCGAAGGAGUCCGGCAGACACAGUGGCCAGGAAGGCAGGUCCGACACCUUGAAGUUAAAAGCCCAGCAUGCGGAGCUGCAGGAAGAGCAGGCAGCGGGGUGCUCCCUUUUGGUGCAGAAGGCCAGCCUCCACCACACGGGUUCGCCCGUGCGAGGGCAGCGCCGCAAAGGGGCAGCCACCUGUUCCCAUGCCGCUGCCUCCGAUUAUGAGCUCUCCCUUGACUUAAAGAAUAAACAGAUCGAAAUGCUAGAGCACAAAUAUGGCGGUCACCUGGUCUCCCGGAGGGCAGCCUGCACGAUCCAGACUGCCUUCCGCCAGUACCAGCUCAGCAAAAACUUUGAGAAGAUACGGAACUCGCUCCUGGAGAGCCGCAUGCCCCGGCGGAUUUCCCUGAGGAAAGUCCGCGUCCAGAACUCUGAAAGCUUUUCUGCUGAGAAAGCACUUGUGGAAGGCUAUAACUUCGUUGGCAUCCCCUUGGUGAGAUCUCCAUCUUUGCCGGCCACAAUCAGUGGGGCGCUGACUGAACUGGAGGACUCUUUCACCGAGCAGGUCCAGUCUUUGGCCAAAUCUAUCGAUGAUGCUCUCAGCACGUGGAGCCUGAAGACUAUGUGUUCCCUUCAAGAUGGCAGCUCCUAUCAGAUCAGAGAAACAUUCAGCACCAGCUCAAUGCAACCAAACCAAAACUUGGAAGCAGAACUGAAGGACCAGCAGAAAGAUGAAGGGCUGCUGCCAGAUACACUGCCAAAGAGUAGCAGCACCCUCAUGAUGGCCUUCAGAGAUGUCAUGGUCCAGAUUGAUAACAAGAACAUCUCUGUCUCCUCAUCUACCUCGGUGUCGAUGGCCAACUGCCUCGCCAACAGCACCCAGGCUGGGAUUUCUCAAGCUGCCAAAAUAGAAGAAAUCCCAGAGGAAGGAGGGAAAGAGAGCCAAGAGUUGCCAGCUGCCCCAGAAGGGCAGCCUGAGUCUGGAAGCCUCCAAAAUAGUCACCCAGUAACUGAGGGAAAUGUCAACACCAAUGGCUUGGGAGGAGGGGAGGCAGAGCAAGACCAAAUGAAGCUUCCAUUUGGCUCGAACAACGACCCUGGACAGAGCAAGAGCUCAGAGGUGGAAAAUGUAGACAAUUCAGAGCAACUGAGCAGUAGCAGCACCUCCACCUCAGCCAAGUCCGCCUCAGAGUUAUCUUCCAAGGAAGCCCUGCAGGCCAUGAUCCUGAGCCUUCCGCGAUACCACUGUGAGAACCCGGCCAGCUGCAAAUCUCCUACGCUUUCCACAGACACCAUGAGGAAGCGGCUCUACCGCAUCGGGUUAAACCUCUUUAACAUAAAUCCAGACAAAGGGAUCCAGUUCCUGAUCUCUCGGGGCUUCAUCCCAGACACACCAAUCGGAGUGGCCCAUUUCCUGUUGCAGCGCAAGGGGCUCAGCCGGCAGAUGAUUGGGGAGUUCCUGGGAAACAGCAAGAAACAGUUCAACCGGGACGUUCUAGACUGUGUGGUGGACGAGAUGGACUUUUCUGGCAUGGAGCUAGAUGAAGCGUUGCGGAAAUUUCAGGCCCACAUCCGGGUGCAGGGAGAGGCUCAGAAAGUGGAACGGCUCAUUGAAGCCUUCAGCCAGCGGUACUGCAUGUGUAACCCAGAUGUGGUCCAACAGUUCCAUAACCCAGACACCAUCUUCAUCCUGGCUUUCGCCAUCAUUCUUCUCAAUACGGAUAUGUAUAGCCCUAACAUCAAACCCGACAGGAAGAUGAUGCUGGAGGACUUUAUUCGGAACUUGAGAGGAGUGGAUGAUGGUGCCGAUAUUCCCCGGGACUUGGUGGUGGGAAUUUAUGAGAGGAUCCAGCAGAGAGAGCUCAAAUCCAAUGAGGAUCAUGUAACCUAUGUCACCAAAGUGGAAAAAUCCAUUGUUGGAAUGAAAACGGUCCUGUCAGUGCCACAUCGCCGGUUGGUUUGCUGCAGCCGCCUUUAUGAAGUGACGGACGUGAACAAAGUGCAGAAGCAAGCCGCCCACCAGAGGGAGGUUUUCCUCUUCAAUGACUUGCUGGUGAUCCUCAAGCUUUGCCCUAAGAAGAAAAGCUCUUCAACUUACACGUUUUGCAAGUCAGUCAGCCUGUUAGGAAUGCAGUUCCACCUCUUUGAGAAUGAAUACUACCCCCACGGCAUCACCUUGGUGACUCCAGUUUCAGGCUCCGAGAAGAAACAGGUGCUCCAUUUCUGUGCUCUGGGUGCAGAAGAAAUGCAGAAAUUUGUGGAAGACCUAAAGGAGUCGAUAGCAGAGGUGAUGGAGCUAGAGCAGAUACGAAUUGAAUGGGAAUUGGAGAAGCAGCAUGGGGCAAAGAACCUUUCCUUCAGGACCAAUGGGGCUCAGAUGGAAAUGCAAUCAAAGCAAGGAUCUCCGACAGGCAAAAGAGAUUUGGGAGAGAAGGUCCCGGAUAACACAGUGGAGGUUUUAAUCAAUGCCUCCCCAGCCAGACUGACAAUUUUACCAAUUUCCAGAGAUACAAUAAAAAGUUACUGCUAGGACGGGUAAUACAACUUUCAAAUCCAGAUUAAACUUCAAAGCAUUUUUUUCAAGCCGUUUCAAUAACUGUUAACACAUCCUUCAUGGAGCAAGUGCCCGAACUCUGGAGACUAACCUGCUCCUUCCUCAUCCCCACCCCAACGCACUUUCAGGAGAAAUCAGAGACGCAGCUGAGAUGAGCUCCCCUGGGCAGAUCCCCGCUCAUCGCUAUGAUCUCUCCCCUCAAAGGCUCUUCCGCCUUAGACACUGGCACCUUUCUCAAGGCUUUGAACAUAUUCAUUGGGACUCUUCAUGGAUUGGGAGCCUAAGCCAAACAUUUUCCAACGUGUAGAGGAGGGUGGCUGGGGGAACUUUACGGCCUGUCUUUAUUUGGAAGACAGGGCUCCCUUGUCAGAGUCCGUCUGUGGAUCCCAGCUCACUGGGAAAACUCUCAUCUGGGAGAGACGUCCAGAAUUCUUCAUGUGCCCUGGCUUUGGCCUUUCCUGAAAGCCUCUUUCACCCCACAGAUAUCUCCCAUCUCCAUCUCCCUGCAGGUGUUGCUUCCCGUGGGGUCAAGAGCUGCAGUUCUUCACCAACAUCCAUUUCCUCAUGCAAACUCCAUUCCAAGGCUGGAGCCCAGAGGUCCUCCAUCACCUCUCUUCUUGAUUACUGCUGCUUGGGCCUCUGCUCUCUCAGGCUGUUUUGCUCCCUUGCAGCUUUCUGCUCCACAGCCUGUGAGGAAAUCCACCCACCACAGGUGUGCUUGUUCCUCAGUCCCUGCCCAUGAUGAAUUCAUUAUCCCGACUAUCUUCCUGCUAAAAGGGAAGAAAGACCGGCAUUUCCAUGGCCUCAUACACAGCUUCUGGGCCUGUGCAGGCAUUUCUUCAUGAAGGGAUUU